AUGUGUCCUCCAGUCAGUGUGCGCUAUGGGAAGGAUGGCGUGUCCUACCUCUAUGAGUCCUGGCUGUACCAGCUUCUCUAUGGAGACCAGAUGAGGUUAUGCUUUUCUUGUUUCAAGGCGGCCUACCUAGUCAGUAAAGAAACAAUGGGACUGGAAGACUGGCAAGAGGAAGAGUGGGAACCCGAGUCCAUGGAGCUCCCUGAGGAAGGACCUCAGGGGGCAGAGUGGCCAGUUCUGAGCCCUAGCUGGUGGCAGGACCUUGGGCACCCAGAGCAGUCGGGCUUAGAAAAUACAGGCCCUGAGCCUAUAGCACUAGCCUCUGCGCAGUCAGAUGGCUUGGCAGUGAGCAUUCAGCCUGUGCCCACUGAGCUAGGGCCUCAUGAUGCUGUGCCCCUGGACCUGGGCCCCGAAGAUGCUGACCCUAAGCAGACCUUACCCUGGAAACGGGAUGGGCUUUCUUCUUGCCCUCACUGGGAUGUUCCUGGUCUCUACUGGUUGGACAAUUUCAAGGCGAGCCCACCUGCAUCUCUGCCCAUAUUGUUGGCACUGAGCCCUACCUUGCCUGUGGAUAUUGUGGAGGCUGACACCUGGCUGAUGGACUUGAAGUUCGUCUGUGUGCUGGACCAGUUGGGAGACUUGUGCUACAUCACUCCCUUGUGUACAUCAUGGGUGGUGAGGACCCCACUGCAGAGAUGGGAGAUGCUGAUCAGGCCGAUUUCUGGCGAGGUGAUACUGGCAAGGCUCCAAGACCCACUUGAGCAGCAGGAUCUACAUCGCUGGAGGCUGAGUGUCCUGGACAUCACAGAGCUGGGGGUGGAGCUGGUGACUAUAGACAAUGCCCUGCAGAAAGGAGGCUUCGCUGUGCACUCUUACUCACCCUGGCGCAGUGGGACCCCUGAAGUCUGGAGCAGUGGGCCCAGGGGCCCGGGAGAGAGACGACAUGUUUUGGACCUCAUACCCUUUCCAGAGCAGUCCAUCAGUCCCCACAACUAA